AGGAGAGCGCCUUCGGGCCGCAAGGAGGUGAGACGUGAACCGGGACCCAGCGCAGAAGCAGCGGCAGAAAACUUUAUCCGCCCUUCCAGGACAUGGACCCCCAGACGGCGCUGCCCCGGGCUCUUCUGUUCCUUCUGUUCUUGCACCUGUCUCUGCUAGGAUGUCGCUCCCACCCCCUGGGUGGCCCCGGCCCAGCCUCGGAACUGCCCGGGAUACAGGAGCUGCUGGACCGUCUGCGAGACAGAAUCUCGGAGCUGCAGGCGGAGCAGAUGGACCUGAAGCCCCUCCAGCAGGGCCAGGGCCUCGCGGAAGCCUGGGAGACCCCGGCGGCAUUCUCCGAGACGGUCACUGGGCCCCGCAACAAGGUCCUCGAGGCCCUGCGGGGAAUACGCAGCCCCAAGAUGAUGCGCGACUCCAGCUGCUUUGGGCGGAGGCUGGACCGGAUCGGCUCCCUCAGCGGCCUGGGCUGCAAUGUGCUGAGGCGAUAUUAAGAGGAAGUCCUGGCUGCAGACGUCUGCAUCGGCUUCUCCAUCAAACCCCUGCUCCCCUUUGAAGCAGCUCCUAUUUAUUUCUAUUUAUUUAUUUAUUUAUUUGGUUGUUUUAUAUAAAAUGGUUCUUAUCUUUGAGCACAAAUUUUUUUCCAUGGCAAAAUAAAGUCAGUAUU